GGCACUCGGCGCAACCCAGCGAGAAGAGGUGCUCGGCGGUGGACUCUUCUUGGAAAUACCUAGAAGCGCUUGAAGCCCAAAAAGCCGAUCGCCCUUCUUCUUCGCGGCUUCAACUGCCUCCGAGCUUCGGAGGCUUCAAGGCAACUACACAAGCUCCUCCCGGCCGAGCUGUUCGACCAUUCAUCUUUUAUAUGGCGGACGAGGAACCUGUUGAUCCGAAGAAGUAUCAUGAAGAGUUGUGCAAGCCAAAAUGUGUGAAACCUUUGCUUGAAUAUAAGGCAUGCGCCAAGAGAAUCGAGGGUGACGAAAGCGGGCACAAGCACUGCACGGGACAAUACUUUGAUUAUUGGCGUUGCAUUGACAAAUGCGUGGCUUCGAAAUUGUUCGAAAAGCUGAAGUAACAAAGGGCGGCAAUAUAUCAAUUGAACUUGUUUUGUGAUUUGUUCAAGUGGGAUGAUUGCAUCUAUCCCAUCCUCCGAUUUUGUACCUGAAACUGGAAAAGAUGCUUGAUAUGCGCAGUUUCAGAAACAACAGCGAUAAGGGGCGAAGCAGAUUAUGAAUAAAGAUGAAAAAGUUGUGGGGGUUUUUGCUUA